AUGAAACGAAUUCUUUUGAACACGCUCUUCGCAGCAUUCUUAUUUAGCACCUUGAUUAAUGCAGCUUACGUCAACUCUGGAAGAGGACUACUCUUCAAAAGACAAGCUAUUGGAGACACAUGCAGAGGGGAUACUGAAUGUGCUUCUAGUAUUUGUUCCGGUACAUGCAAAGAUUCCGAUAAUCGUCCUGAUGGAGCAAGUUGUGAAGUAAAUGGAGCAUGCAAUAGCAAAAAUUGCGAUAGUCGCUGUUUUACUCCCAAAGCUAUUGGAGACACAUGCGGAGGGGAUACUGAAUGUGCUUCUAGUAUUUGUGGCUCCAGUGCAUGCAAAGAUUCCGAUAGUCGUCCUGCUGGAGAACGUUGUGUAGUAAAAGAAGCAUGCGAAAGCAAAACUUGUGAUCGCUUCUGUGUUGGUAUCGAAAACAGCAAAUGUAGUAUAGAUGUUGACUGUGGUUCACGUGUUUGCCGCAAGAGUGAUAAUACAUGCCAGAGUCUAGAUACACGUGAAGAUGGAAUAGAAUGCACAGCAGAUGCGGCUUGUAAAUCUUCAAUUUGCGUUGAUUUUACUGAGUGCGGGAGUAGUGACAAUCGUGGUGAAGAUGCCUCGUGCUUAAACAAUAAUGCAUGCCAAAGUGUGCUAUGCACCCCGAAUGGUUGUGCAAAAUAG